AUGAGAGUUGGAAUAGGAAAUGGAAAUGAGGUAGAAAAAAAGAGGAUGGUCCGGGGUGGACGCCACUAUUGCAAAGUUGUUCUAUGCUUGUUUGUUAUCGUUAUUGUUUUUAUGGUCCUUAGAAGUAUUUCCAGAUGCACGUGGGUCGAUACAAGGCCUAGAAUGGUGGCUGAUGAGAAAUACGUCGUUGGAAAAGAUAAUAAAAUUUAUAGGUAUCACAGAGGGAUGCCGCUGAUAUUUAUAGGAGGAGUUCCCAGGUCGGGAACGACGCUCAUGAGAGCCAUGUUGGAUGCUCAUCCCGAAGUUAGGUGCGGUCAAGAGACGAGAGUGAUACCUAGAUUAUUACAAAUUAGAAAUCAUUGGCUUAAAUCUCAAAAAGAAAGUUUGAGAUUGGAAGAAGCCGGACUUAGCAAGGAGGUAUUGGAUUCGGCGAUCGCGGCAUUUUGUUUGGAAGUAAUUGCCCGACACGGUGAACCCGCACCUCGUCUUUGCAACAAAGAUCCUCUCACUCUUAAAUCGGCAGUCUACCUUUCCGAACUUUUUCCAGCAUCGAAAUUUAUAUUCAUGGUGAGAGAUGGGAGAGCGACCGUACAUUCGAUCAUAUCCAGAAAGGUGACAAUAACAGGGUUCGAUCUCUCGAGCUACCGUCAGUGCCUGACAAAAUGGAAUAACGCAAUACACAUAAUGCACAAGCAGUGCAUGCAAGUCGGAUCGUCGAGGUGUUUAAUGGUUUACUACGAACAGUUGGUACUACAUCCGAGCGAAUCGAUGCAUAAAAUAUUGGAAUUUUUAGACGUGCCAUGGAACGAAUCCGUUCUUCACCACGAAGAACAAAUAAACAAACCAGGAGGAGUUUUAUUAUCAAAGGUGGAAAGAUCGUCGGAUCAAGUCAUCAAACCCGUGAAUUUGGAAGCUUUAAACAAAUGGGUCAACAACAUUCCGGAAGACGUCGUCAAAGACAUGCCGGUCAUAGCACCCAUGCUCGCAGUUUUGGGCUACGAUCCGUUGGCGAAUCCACCCAAUUACGGGUCUCCGGAUGCUUUCGUCGCGGAAAACACGAAGAAAAUACAGAAAAAUGUUUUUUUCUGGGAGCAAAAAGCCAAAAAUUUACUCAUUAGAGAAAACGAGAGUCCAAAUCCGGAAAGUGACGAUUUUGGUUCGGAUGCUCCGGCUCCACCGGCGUGA